AUGGAAGUCCCCGAGAUCACACUCGAAGAAAGAAGAAUUCAAGAGAAGAAGACACCGUACAGGAGAUCACACUCGAAGAAAGAAGAUUUCGAAGAAUUCAAGAGAAGAAGACACCGUACAGGAGAUCGCACUCGAAGAAAGAAGAUUUCGAAGAAUUCAAGAGAAGAAGACAUCGUACAGGAGACCGCACUCGAAGAAAGAAGAAUUGAAGAGAAGAAGACACCGUACAGGAGAUCACACUCGAAGAAAGAAGAUUUACAGAAGAUUUCAAGAGAAGAAGACACCCUACAGGAGAUCACACUCGAAGAAAGAAGAUUUACAGAAGAUUUCAAGAGAAGAAGACGCCGUACAGGAGAUCACACUCGAAGAAAGAAGAAUUCAAGAGAAGAAGACACCGUACAGGAGACCGCACUCGAAGAAAGAAGAUUUCGAAGAAUUCAAGAGAAGAAGACAUCGUACAGGAGACCGCACUCGAAGAAAGAAGAAUUGAAGAGAAGAAGACACCGUACAGGAGAUCACACUCGAAGAAAGAAGAUUUACAGAAGAUUUCAAGAGAAGAAGACACCCUACAGGAGAUCACACUCGAAGAAAGAAGAUUUACAGAAGAUUUCAAGAGAAGAAGACGCCGUACAGGAGAUCGCACUCGAAGAAAGAAGAUUUACAGAAGAUUUCAAGAGAAGAAGACGCCGUACAGGAGAUCGCACUGGAAGAAAGAAGAUUUCGAAGAAUUGA